GACACGGACUAACCUGCUGGAGCUGCAAAGUGAACACAGAUGUUAUAUGAAGAGUUUAGAAGCAGUAAAAUGUCCUUAAAGAUAGGCAAGACGUGUUUUGAACAACGUCAAGCGCAACAAGUAAUGUUAAUGCUCUAAAGGAAAGAACUUCAUAUACAAAAGUGGUUUUAUUUAGCAGAGCACAGUUAAAAUUAGAAAAUGUGUUAGAUUAACUGGCAAGUGCAAGUGUUAAGUGGUUUAAGAGAUCAACCUCUGUGGUUUUCUGGAUAACAACAGAGUUCGUAGCACCGUGAGACCUCACAGAAUGUCAACAUACUCAAUAAACGGUCACCAUUAUGCUUCGACCGUAGAGAGCAAGAGUUCUGCUACUCGACCUGAAGGUUAUUGUCAAUCUGUCUCACCGUAUCAUACUCUACCAUUUACUGCAUCUUACGAUGCGUAUGGAUCAAGUCGUGGAGAAAGGAAUCACACCAAUGAUAUUCAUGCAUCCACGAAAUCUUUUCUUCCAACAUCAGAAUCGAAUUCGUCAACGUCGCACGGUUGCUUUCAGAACGUUCCUUUGCCAACUACAAACAUGAUUGGAUAUCAUUUACAAAGUAAGCCACCAUACUUUGAUCAUAUUCACGAGAGCAUGCAUCAGUAUCCGUCAGGAGCUUUUAGUUAUGAUUCUCCAAUAUCUCAUGGACUUACAUCUCAGUUGUUUCAACAGCCUUAUUUUCCAAACAAUACUUCCAUGUACAGUCCUCCGUAUGAAAAUCAAAUGUAUGAUGCCAGCAUUGCCCAACAUCAUCGUGGCUAUUUUCCCGUUUUACCGCAACAACAAACUAACGAGAUUAUGACUUGCCUAUGGAUUGAUCAAGACAAGGGCACGACUGAGGAAUGCACGAAAAAGCCAUGUCGAAAACAAUUUAGGAUUUUACAAGAUCUUGUAACGCAUAUAUCUGAUGAACAUGUGUCUAUUGGUGAUAGCAGUGUCCACGUUUGUUAUUGGCAGGACUGCACGAGAAAUAGACUUCCUUUCAAAGCAAAAUAUAAAUUAGUGAAUCAUAUACGAGUUCAUACUGGAGAGCGCCCAUUUCCAUGUCGUGUCCCAGGUUGUGGCAAGCUCUUUGCAAGAUCAGAAAAUCUUAAGAUACACAAGCGUACACACACAGGCGAGAAGCCAUUCAUGUGCGAAUAUCCUGGAUGUGGACGACGUUUUGCGAAUUCAAGUGAUCGUAAGAAACAUUCUCACGUCCACACGUCUGAUAAACCGUACAAUUGUAAAAUUGAGGGAUGUAACAAAAGCUACACACAUCCUAGCUCGCUGAGGAAGCAUAUGAAGCUUCAUGAAAGUAAAGACAAAAUCCCCGUUAACAACAGCAAGACAAGAAUUAAUAUUCUGCAGAGUAAAACUCACUCGACAGUAAAAAUGACAAAUUCAGAGCAUCAAGGCAAUCAAUAUCAUGGUAUCACAGGCUAAAAAUCCACUCUGGAAAUCCACAUCUCUUCACUCGAAAAAAAAUUUAUUUUAGCACAAAAAUGUGUCAGAUUUUGUUUUGACUUGUUAUAGCCAAGAUUUGGGGAUUUCAAGAAAGUAAGGUUGUAUAUUUAAUUUAACCAAACUUUUGCAAGACAGAAUAUAUAAUAGAAUUUACCAAACAAAUGAAUUACUGCUUUAAUUCUCGUUUUUUAGAAUAAAGUUAAUCUUAUUGUUGAAAUAUUUUUCAUGCGAUCAAAUAUCAUGAAUCAUAACUAUUCAUUGUAAAAAUAGCAUGUCCAGUAAAUAAUAUCAACCGACGAUUUUUUCAUAUGAAAAUACAUCGCUGAAAAUAA